AUGUACAUCGUCGCGUGGUCGACCGCGUCGAGCUCGCUGAUCUUCCUGAACAAUCACCUCCUCACCGAGGACGGGUUCCACUACCCGAUAUGCCUGUGCAGCAUGGGCCUCGCGGCGUCGUGGACGACGUCGUCGCUGCUCGUCACCUUCGGCCUCGUUCGCCUCGAGAGGAGCCAACACAUGACCGCGGGGUGGUACGUCCGGCACGUCCUCCCGAUCGGCGGGUUCGCCGCGCUGUCUCUCGCGCUCGGGAACUACACGUACCUGUACCUGUCCGUGUCGUUCAUUCAGAUGCUCAAGGCGAUCGUGCCGUUCAUCACGAUGUGCGUCAUGGUCGGCUGCGGGCUCGAGAAGCCGCGGCCGGACACGAUCGCGGGGGUGAUCGUGCUGACGUUGGGGACCGCGCUCGCGGCGUACGGCGAGAUCGCGUUCCAGUGGGUCGGCGUCGCGAUGAUGAUCACGUCCGAGUUCUCCGAGGCGCUCAGGAUGGCGGUCCUGCAGUUCUUGCUCGGGAACUUGCGGUUCGACCUCCUGGAGGGGUUGUACGUGAUGGCGCCGGCGUCGCUGUUGUUCCUCGUCGCCGGCUUCGCGGUGUUCGAAUACAGAACUUUCGCGGAAGAGGACGGGUUCGCGAGGAUCGCGAACGCGCCGCACAAGUACCUCACCGCGGCGUUCUUAGGAUUCUUAGUGAACUUGCUCACGCUCGCGGUGAUCAAGAGCACGAGCGGGUUGACGUUUAAAGUCGUCGGGCAGGUGAAAAAUACGGUGGUCAUCGUAGUCAGCGUGAUGAUCUUCAACAGCGCGAUGACGGGCACGCAGGUGAUCGGGUACUCGAUCGCGAUGGUCGGGUUCUGGAUGUAUCAGCGCGCGAAGCUCGGGGUGGAGAUGAGCGGUGGGGACGGGGGUGGGGGCAGCAAGGCGUGA